AUGGCCACCGCCGAACCUCAACACAUCGUCUCGGUCGAUGGGUUCCACGACUUUACCCACUUUAACCAGCGAGACUUUAGUUGUUUGUCACAGAGUGGAGGGAUGGGCAGCCUUUCGGGGCACAACAGUCAAGUGGAAUCAGAUGCGGAGUCAUCACCCAUCCACGAUCAACAUUCCUUCUCUGCCGGUGAUCUCAGCGGCAACUCGAGUUUCGAGUGGAACUUCCAGAACAUGAUGCCCGGCAGUACCUCGUCAUCUUACGAACAGUCUCUCGACACUCCUCCUAACCUCUCACAGAGUAGCUUUGCCGAGUCCAACGAAAUCAAUCCCUCGCAGGUUGGUGCCUUGGGUUUCUUAAACCCAGCCCAGCUCAACCUCCCCACGUCCACAUCCACAUCCGGGUCAUGUGCCAGUGGGUCGCCGACAGGGGUCGAGCCGAUCUUACAUGUGUUUGCUCCGUCAAUGGUGUCACCGCAGCUGCCGACGGCGGACAACGUCAACCUCAAGAGGAAGCGCCAGAAUUCGCUUCCCGACCUCUACUCGAACAUUGAGCAAGGCCUACCGCCAUCGCGACCAUUUCACCGUUCGGUGUCGAUCGGUACCGUUGCCGACUUUGAGUUUCAGUUCCCGGUCGUGCCGUCGCAGAAUUCGCAACCUCUGCCGCCGUUCAAGUCGCAGUCGCAGUCGCAGCCGCCGCAGGAACGGCAACGAGUGAUUCGGCGGCAGCGUACGGUCAGCGCGUCAAACUCGCCGUGCCUGGACCAGAGUGCCCCUAUCGAUGGUCUCAUGAGCGCGAUGCCCAUUACGCAACACCCGCAGUCGUUUGCCCCUGUGCCUCAAACCCAAGGCCCACCCGCAUCCGUUCCGCCUCAGAACAUGCCGAACCGUACCUUCAACCGCUCCCUCGCGACGAUCCCAGAAGCGCCGAGCAAUGCCCAACCGCAUGUCACCUGGACCACCUCUCCUCAUCUUCAAGAUGGCAGCAGCAUGCUUUCCCGUCCAACUCAGCACCUCUCUUCAUCCCAUUCCCAGUCGCAGCAGCCGGUCUUUGAGUACAGCGGCGACAUGGCGGCGACGUACACGAUGCCAGCCCCGCCUGUGGCACCACAGCUCCCGUCACCGGCUUUCCACCCAUCGCCGAUGCUUGCUUCCCCGGCUGUCGGACACUCGCCCAUGCUUCACUCGCCUGCCGGCACUGUUACAACUGCAACUCCGACUCUACCACCCACAGUCCCAAGGUCGUUUCCACACGGUCGUGCGCUGUCCAUGUCGGGCAUGCCCACGUUUGCCAACGUCAAGCCGCACCAGCAAAUGCAGCAACAACCUCCACCUCAGAUGGCUGCAUACUCGCAGCAGAUCAAUAGCGCCAUGGCCAGCGCAAUGAUGCCUGUGAUGCAACCGCAGCAAGUUGGUAUGGGUCGUCCAAUCCACACACCUGCCCACAUCCGCCGGUCAUCCGACUCGGAGCUGGCUCUCGCUACGUAUCAGCCCAACGUCAGUACCAUGCUCCGUUCCACGAGCGUGCCACAAGUCCCUCCUCAAGCCUUCCGUCACAAUGGCGCCCAGGUGUUUGGGGGAAUGCUUGGGUUUGAACAGCAACACCAGGUUCUUCCUCCUCCUCCAGUAACGACGUACUCUGCGAGCGGAAUGAUCCCAGGGCACGCGUUCCAUCAGUACCAGCCCACUGUUGGAUUUGGCCAACCGAGCAUGCCGGGAUCGCCUCCUCGAAAGCGCCCUGCGCCAAAGCGGCAACGUGUCGGCAACCCCCUGAAGCCUGGCCCAAGGGGGAAAAAGGCACUCAAGAUGCCGUCCCCGGUGCCUACCGCCCUGGUUCCCGCACCGUAUGGUGCCACUCUCGAUACCUCGAUGUUUGUGGCAGGCAAUGGCAGCAUCUGCACAGAUCCCAAGCCAACUUGUGCUAGGAUCUACGAGCCUGUCGGCGUAGACGAGUUCCGCGCAGCAUUCGAUGUCACUUCGCAGGGCACGCUCGUCAUCAAGCCGACCGUCGACAUGGAUCAGCUGGUCGAGCGCCUCCUCGAAAUGCACUUUACUGGCAACACGACGGUCGUAGACCAGUGCUUCCGCGAGUGCUACGAGGAGACAUCAGAGUGGAACGAGGCCGCGCAGAAGAAGACCAAGUACUUCAAGUGCCGCUUCGAUGAGUGCAGGGACCACCCGUUCCCUCGCAAGUCUGCGAUCGACAGUCACGUCAAGACCCACGUUGGCUUCCGCGAGUUCCGUUGCACCCAGGACCCUGAGUGCCGUAUCAGCUUUGUCCGCAAGCAUGACCGCGACCGUCACCACUUGACGCACCGCGAGAGCAAGACCUUCAAGUGUCCCCAGUGCGGCGAGGACUUUGCUCGCAGCGACGCCCUCCUGCGUCAUGGCGCCAAGCCAGGCGCAUGCAAGGCUCGCAUGGUUGACAUGGGCAUUUAA